UUGGCCUCCUGGCUAGAGUAGGAGGAGGGGUCGGCCUCCCUUCAUUUUGUGGCCAUGACCGUGGCAUAAGCCAAGUGAAGGACACUUUCUUGUUCUUCCCUUCGACAAGACGCGAUAAGUAUUACUCCUCCAGCGCAGUGCUUGUGUGGUGCCGAAUGACUUACUACUUGAGAGAUUCUCAAGAGAGACAUCUUCUCAGCAGAGGAAGGAAAGGUGACACCUCGAGAGAUGACCCCAACGAAGUGUUACUUGGCCCGUCUGAGGGGGUGCGGUCUGAAUCAGGAAGUUUCUCAGAAUAUUUAAAUGUUUCCUUGUGUGUAAUCCUUUUGACAUUGGGUUUUAUUCCAACUGAUUUCCAAAAGAAAGAGUAUGAGUGUUUCCCUAUGGCUAGAGACAAUACAGUGUAAUUUUUAUUGUAGUUAAAUAAUUAUGAGGGGAAAGCUAAGUCGUUGGGGGUUUUUAAAAAGAGGUAUAAAUACAGGGCUAAUCCAAAGAUAGUCAGACAUUAAGAUGGUGGAAUUCAGGGAUUCACUUUAUGAUUGCAUUAAUCCUGGGGAAUUUUUAUUCAUAUAUUAUUGCCAGUGUUUUUUUGGUCUUUUAAAUAAUUACUUCAAAUAAAAACAGUCUCGCCUCUUGGAGCCAAUUCUUUCAUGUCUACCAGCCAAGGACGUGCUCUUUGAACAAUUUCUCGGAUCAGCUGAAUAGUUGUAUUGAUAUUUCUGAAAUAUGUCUGAAUGUUUUGAAGCAAAAAGAUCUGAUUUAUCAUCGUUUUUGGUGGCCUUCAGUAUUAUUGGAAAUGCAUAAAAUUCUACUGAAUGUAUCUGUUCAUGUGAUUGACUGACCUGGAAAAGUGACUGGUAUAAAUCUAUCUUAAAGUAAAUAAACUUUUUUCUUUCUUUCUUUUUUUUUUUUGAGUGCUUGUUUCUGAAAUAGCAGCAUGAUUGUUUUUCCAUGGCCUCUAAUUUAUGUGCUUGUCAGGGAGCCAGACUUUCUCAGGGUCUGUUAAUUAGUCUGCUGUUACUGACCUUUAUCAUGAAAGUUGUCAAAAGAAAAUGAGUAACAGUGUAUCACUUUAGAAUAGCUCUUUAUCACUUUAGAAUAGCUCUUUAUCACUUUAGAAUAGCUCUUUAUCCUGGCAUUUCUUUUUCUCACCUUUUGCAUUUAGAGUUUUAUCUCCAUGGUUCUGUGUGUGUUAUAAUUGGAAAAGUCUGGUUAGUAAUGACUUCGGUUGCACAGUGAAGGGGAAAUGGUUUUAUCUUCUACUGUUAAUUGCUUAAGAUCUUUCCUCUUUUACCACUGGCUAAGUGUGUUGUUAUUUAGGGCUAGAAUCUGGUAAGUGAUUGAUUCUAGAAUAAAAGAUUGCUUUUAAAACUUUUUUGGAGUUCCUUUUGUGUUUUUUAAAUUUUUGAUUAGUAGUUGGCUAAUCAGAUUCUUCGCUCCAGUGGUUUGCUGUGUAACAUUAGGACAUCCCCAUGGGACAGGAGUUACGUAUAGGGAAUUUCAGAUGGUCGUCAUUGUGUUUACUUGCUUUUACUUAUAGCUGACUUGUGUGCCCUUGUAACUCUCUGCCCUGUUUACCAUUUACACUUCCCACGUCAUGAUGAUGUCUUUUGCAGGGGAGAAGUGAAUGAAAUUCCCUUUAGGGCUUGACUUCUCAGCAGCCCGCCUCUGCAGGGGAUAGUGGCUCAUACUUCCUACCAGGAGCUGAGGGUUUUUGCCUUUCACUGUUGCUGCCUACAGAGUCUAGAUCCUGCUGUAUAAACUAAAUGAAACACUUUUUGGAAGAAUGCUCCGUAUUUUACUCCCUAGGGCCCACCUUCCCCUUAAAAAAAAAAAAAAAAUCUCUGUGAAUCUGUUGCCUAAUGAAUUUGGUAAGUCAGAGGUCAGAUUGGUGCUUGCCUAUUAGAAAUAGUGUACACAGCGUAUGUCUGUUUUUUCUUGUAGAGAAAACCAUGGCGUCCGGCAGCCCUGCCGCCAGUGAGGAGGAGCGUAGCCUCCGGGAAUGUGAGCUCUAUGUCCAGAAGCACAACAUUCAGGCGCUACUCAAGGAUUCUAUUGUGCAGUUGUGCACUGCGCGACCCGAGAGGCCCAUGGCAUUCCUGCGGGAAUACUUUGAGAGGUUGGAGAAGGAGGAGGCAAAACAGAUUCAGACUCUGCAGAAAGGAAGCAGUCGUGCAGACUCACGGGAGGAUGAAAUCUCUCCUCCUCCCCCCAACCCAGUGGUUAAGGGCCGUAGGCGACGAGGUGCUAUCAGCGCUGAAGUCUACACGGAGGAGGAUGCUGCAUCCUAUGUUAGAAAGGUUAUACCAAAAGAUUACAAGACAAUGGCUGCUUUAGCCAAAGCCAUUGAAAAGAACGUACUGUUUUCACAUCUUGAUGAUAAUGAGAGAAGUGAUAUUUUUGAUGCCAUGUUUCCAGUCUCUUUUAUUGCUGGAGAGACUGUUAUUCAGCAAGGUGAUGAAGGUGAUAACUUCUAUGUGAUUGAUCAAGGAGAGAUGGAUGUCUAUGUCAACAACGAAUGGGCAACUAGUGUUGGGGAAGGAGGGAGUUUUGGAGAACUUGCUUUGAUUUAUGGAACACCUAGAGCAGCCACUGUCAAAGCAAAGACAAACGUGAAGUUGUGGGGUAUUGACCGUGACAGCUAUAGAAGAAUCCUUAUGGGAAGCACGCUGAGAAAGCGGAAGAUGUAUGAGGAGUUCCUUAGCAAAGUGUCUAUUUUAGAAUCUCUGGAUAAGUGGGAACGUCUCACAGUAGCUGACGCGUUGGAACCUGUCCAGUUUGAAGAUGGGCAGAAAAUUGUGGUGCAGGGAGAACCAGGAGAUGAGUUCUUCAUUAUUUUAGAGGGUUCAGCUGCUGUGCUACAACGUCGGUCAGAAAAUGAAGAGUUUGUUGAAGUGGGAAGAUUGGGGCCCUCUGAUUACUUUGGUGAAAUUGCACUGCUGAUGAAUCGUCCGCGUGCUGCCACGGUGGUUGCUCGUGGUCCCUUGAAGUGCGUUAAGCUGGACCGACCUAGAUUCGAACGUGUCCUAGGCCCAUGCUCGGAUAUCCUCAAACGGAACAUCCAGCAGUACAACAGUUUUGUGUCACUGUCUGUUUGAAACCUGCCUCCUGUGCCUCCCUUCGUCCUUUCCCCAGUCCAUGCUUCACUCUUGCAGACAGCUUUAUUUUCCCUAAUGGCAGCACCAAGUGGCCACUGGCACCUCAGCUUUGUGUCUGUUUAUAUUAAAAGUUGCUUUUCUUGCACCAUUUUUAAUUUGGAGCAUUAAGUGAAUGCUCAUACUCAGUUAAAUAAAUAGAAAGAGUUCUGUGGAGACCUUGCUGUUACUGCUUCUCUUUGUGCAGUGUUAGUGUUCAGUCUGGGCAGUGAGUGCCACGCUUUUUGGUGAGGCAGAUCCCAGCACCAAAUGAAUUCUCAUAAAGUAAUGAUGUAACAGUGCAAGAUUCUUUUUUUUUUAAAGUGACAUAAUUUUCCAGUUUUAAGCAUAUUUUAGACUGUGGCAAUAUAUGCUGUAUUUGUUUAUAGAGUAAAUGAUUUCUCAUUAAGCUCUAAGGAUUAGGAAAAAUGGAUAUAGAAAAAGCUUAGUAGAAAGACAUCUGCCUGUAUUUAAACUAUAGUUUAAGAGUAGAAAGAUGCCCAUUUUGAAAAUUAUCAGUUGGAUAUGAUCUGUUCAGUUAUUUUUUAACCAGAAUUUUUGUUUGUCAAGCCAAUUUGCUUGAUUUUGUUUAUAUAUAUUAAUGUUUCCUCUCCAGUUCUUAAGUAUCUGUAGAUGUGGCUAUUCAUACCUGGCUUUUUAAGUUUGAAACCACAUCUUAGCCUAUGAUUUGGUUAUGAUUUAACUACAUCGGUCUUUUCUCACAGAUUUUGAUCAGACAUUUAUUUCUCCAGCUAGUGCCAAAUACUGAUCACCAGAUGCUGAACUGAGACUAAGAUUUGAGGCCUACACUCUUGGUUGUUAACUUAGAGCUUUUGGUUAAUCUACGUACUUCAUUUGACUCCAGUAUAAUCUCCUACACUCACUGAACUCCGAUUCAGGAGAUUGGAUUUUCUGGGAGUAGAAACAGAACAAAUGUCAUGACAGACAACUAAAGGAGAAAUGUCAGGUGGAUAAAGAUGAGUGUCGGGAAUUUUGCCCCAUUACGUUCACUGGGGCAUGAGAUUUAGGAAGAAAUCUUUCAACCUUUUUUCCCCCUCCUUUUUACAUCAGCUAGGAUUUAUGGUGGGUUGGGGACACGGUGAGAUGUUUCCUGUUGUUUCAAAUUGGUCUGAAAGGCCGUCCUGUGGAAGGUCUGCUUUCCUCUGUAGCAUUUAUUUCCCUAGUAAACUUUUUUCAUUUUUUUUUUUUAAAGUAAAACUUGGGUUUUGAGUCUUAACUGUAUUUCAGUAUUUUCCAGCCUUGUGUGUUGUAUUAUUCCAUGUGCACCAGUGAUACCCAACAGUUUAUUUUUAUUACUGUUAAUUUUUUAAACAAAAUUUCACAGUUCUGUAACGUAGGCACUUUUAUUUUCGUUAUGGUUUAUAUAUAACGUAGGGGUGUAUUUGGGAGUGACUGCAAGCAUUUUUCCGUCUGUGUGCAACUGGCUUUGAUUAUUAACCCCUUUUCCUGCCCUUUCCCAGGUAAUUUAAAUUGGUCCUGGUAGAUGUUCAUAGAUUUGAACACUUUCUAGGUUGUCUCUAAGGUUGACGUAUAAGUCUGGGAAAGGGUUUUAUUUACAUUUUAGUGUGGGACAGAAAGUCACCUUGUUACAAAUAUUUUUAUUUUUCAAAAUAAUCUAUAUUGAAUGAGGGUUUUCUGAUCUGUACUUAUCUUUGUGUUUAGCUGCCUUUUUUAUAUUUAAAAAACUAAAAUAAAAAUUAUGUUCUUAUUAGCUUGAAGCUCGAUUUGAUCUUUGUUUAAAUGCCAAAAAUAUACUUAAAUGAGUUAUUUAGAAUGCCAUAAAUUCGCAGUUUCAUAUGUGUAUAUAAUCAUGUUCGUGUAUAUUUAGAUACAUAUCAUACUUUCUAAAUAAGUUUUACCCUUAAAGCAUUUGGCUUGCUGUUUACUCCCUUUUGCAGUUUUUAAUCUAAGAAAUUUUAAGAUAAGUCUAAUUUAAAAAUUACUACAUUUAAAGCUUUAUCUUUGUGCAGUCUUAAGUAUAUGGGAGAGAUCACAAAUGGCAUAGUUUGUCUUAGCUGAUGUAUAAGGCUUUAGAAGUCAUUAUUUCUGAGCUUGGUGAGUUUAUGAGAUCUACUGCUCUAGAAAGUAUAGCUGGCCAAAGGACCAUUUUGUAUUGUUUCCUGCCUAACAGUCUGAUUAUACUGUAUGUGCUAAUAUACUCCUUUUGUUAUAGAUUGUCUUAACGGUAGGUCAAAUAAAAAAAAAAAAAAAUUAAAUAAUUUAAA